GGCUGUCGAAGAACGUCGGUGUCGCCCGAAACGUUGCGUCCUCCAUUGAUAAUUACCUUUACUUUUGAUAACGGUAUGUAAUAUUCUGUAAUUUCGUGUAGUUUUAGCGAUUCUUAUUAUAAUUGUCCGAAUGUGUGAAAUUCAAAGUUCUGCAAAAAUUAUAAAAUAGUAUCUUUUUAACAAUAAUAACAUUAUAUAAAUUAUAUGACUGUGACACUUAUUUAGCACUUUACAUCAUGCUCGUGUAUGAGUCGUGACCCAGUAAGACUGUAAUAGGAAUCAGGCUAAUUUAUGUGCCUGAUAAUGUCCUCAAAUUCAAAUAGAAUGAUACAACCUAGAAAUUUGGCGUCUAUACUUAUGAAAUUACAUGGUGCAUUUGCUGAAGCAAUAACUUCACCUAAGGCUGCGAUUGAUAAACGAACACUUGAGAAAACAUGGAAACUGAUGGACAAAGUUGUCAAACUCUGUCAACAUUCCAAAAUGAAUCUGAAGAAUUCUCCACCAUUUAUACUUGACAUAUUACCUGAUACAUACCAACGCCUUCGAUUUAUAUAUGCACAAUAUGAAAAUGAUUUAUCUGAACUAUAUAAUAAUGAGCACUUCACUGUAUUUAUACUUAAUGUUAUAAGAAAAUGCAAACAAGCCAUUAAAUUGUUUAAAGAAGGUAAAGAGAAAAUGUAUGAUGAAAACUCACAUUACAGGCGAAAUUUAACAAAAUUAAGCUUGGUAUUUAGCCAUAUGCUUAGUGAACUUAAAGCAAUAUUCCCUAAUCAUCGGUUUGCUGGAGAUAAAUUUAGGAUAACCAAAAGUGAUGCUGCAGAGUUUUGGAAACAGAAUUUUGGGUUAAGUACUGUGGUACCUUGGAAAAUAUUUCGUAGUGCUCUCCACGAGGUUCAUCCCAUUGUUAGUGGACUUGAAGCUAUGGCACUUAAAUCUACAAUAGAUUUAACUUGUAAUGACUACAUAUCAAAUUUUGAGUUUGAUGUUUUCACCAGAUUAUUUCAGCCAUGGCCAACGCUAUUAAGAAAUUGGAAAAUAUUAGCUGUAACUCAUCCUGGAUAUGUAGCAUUUUUGACUUAUGAUGAAGUAAAAGCACGUUUAGAGAAAUUCAUAACAAGACCAGGAAGCUAUGUUUUUCGUUUGAGCUGCACAAGAUUAGGUCAGUGGGCUAUAGGAUAUGUAACAACUGAAGGUGAAAUUUUACAAACCAUUCCUCAAAAUAAAUCUUUAUGUCAAGCUUUGCUUGAUGGUGCCCGUGAAGGAUUCUAUCUAUACCCUGAUGGUCAAAAAGGAAAUCCAGAUUUGUCUAAUGCUGUUGAACAGAGUCCAGAAAAUCACAUUAGAGUGACUCAUGAACAAUAUGAAAUGUACUGUGAAAUGGGAUCUACUUUUCAAAUUUGCAAAAUAUGUACUGAAAAUGAUAAAGAUGUACGAAUUGAACCAUGUGGUCACUUGUUAUGUACCCCUUGCCUAAACUCUUGGAUGGAAUCUGAUGGCCAAGGAUGUCCUUAUUGUCGAGCUGAAAUUAAAGGUACUGAACAUGUAGUUGUUGAUCCCUUUGAUCCUAAAAGAAUCAAGUACAAAUCAAUUCCAAUUUUACCUGUUAUACAACAACAUUCUGAUGAUGAUGAAGAAGAUGAUGAUGAUAUUGAAAUCAAAUAAUAAAACUAAGAUUAUUUAAUAUUAUAAUGUAAAUUGUGUAAAAUUGUUUUACUGUGAUAGUUGUUGAUAUAUCAUGUAAGUUUUUCACUCAAUGAGAACAAAAUUAUUAUUAUUCUUACUAUCAAACUUAAUGUGAUAUUGUUGACCACCUUUUAAAAUGGUAUUAAUAAUCCCACAGCUUCUAAAAACUCCUUCCCUAGUAAUGUAAUAAAAGCAUAAUGAUAAAAAAAGUAUUAGGUAAUUAUAUUUUUAUAAAACUUGCAGAAAUCAUUCCUCAUUAAACUUAAAUAUGUGAACCUUUUUAAAGUAUUAUUUAUAAUAUGUAUUUGUAAAUCAUUAUUUUGCAAUUAGCUUUUGCUAUUCUAUUCUCUAGGGACAUAUAUUUGCUAAUUAAAAAAUGAGCAUUAUUAAAUAACUGACACUACUUUCAACAAACUAUUUUUAACUAUUAAGUUAUACUUUAACUUUUGCCCUCAUUUAUUUAAAUAAUUUUACUAUAUAUUAUUAUUUUUUUUUAUUCAAUUAUGAUUACUUAAGUUCAAUAAUAAAAUUGUAUUAAUAAAAGUAAAGUGUUAAUUA